AUGCAAUACGAAGAUUUCUCUCGGAGAGGGAGUCCAGCAAUAAUAACAUCGGACAAUUCGAAUAACCUACUAGCCGAACAGAUGGGAAUAGACUGGAAAACGAGUACACCGUUUGCUUUAUGGCAAGGGGCGUUCACAAUCACUAAACUCAUACGGAAGAGAGUCUUGAAGAAGUCGGAUCUGGAAACCGUUCUAAUUGAAAUAGAGGGAAGCUUGAACAUGAUCACUUACAUGUCAAGAAGAGGAAUUCAGAGGAACCACGAUUCUGCUCUCUAUAGACUUUAUACAGCGCGACAUUCUCAUCACAUUCCCUUUUGA